CGACGGUGAAAAGAUGGAUUCACCGAAGCCGUCGUCGCGAUAGGCACGAAAUCAAGAUACGAUUAUAUCCACGACGAAUCGAUGCACUGUUCGAUAUAAGGCCUCGCGAUCGCGACAGACAACCAGCGGCGAAAAAUUCACGGCUCCGCGGCCCGACACAAUGACCCCGCCGCCUCUUUGAUGUCAUACCAUCAGCCAUAUGACGAUUCUGCCAACGAUGCAGAUCCGUCUACGGAUAAGGGGAACUUAUUGCGAAAUCUCGGUGACAAACGAUCGUGUGUCGAGGCUGUGACGUCCGGCCACAAAGCUGCGACCAUCGAGCAAAGAACGAGACAUGAAGCAGGCGGAAAAAGAAGCUUGACCGAACAGAGAGGGAAAGAUGAUGAGUCUCGGUUGUCCGGCGAUAUUUGUCGAAUAUGUCACAUGGGCAGUUUCUCGACGACCGACGAAAAUCGAGCAAGUCGUGAAAGACAGAAUCAACCUAUUCGAAGAGUUGACAGUCAAACGUCCACAUUAUCGUCCUACGCGUAUCUCGGCCCUUUGAUCUCGGCUUGCAAGUGUCGUGGGACAGUAGCGUUGGUACAUGCGGAAUGUCUUGAAAGAUGGUUGACAGAAUCGGGUCACUCGAGAUGCGAGCUUUGUGGCUACAAAUACGCGACUAAAAGGGUACCGCGUCACAAUUUGUUUCGUAGUGUCGCAAUAUGGUUCAAUACCGUAAUAGUGACUCGUCAGAUGCUUUUGGAUAUAUUAUACCUAAUAGUGACCACACCAUUAGCUCUAUUCUCAUGCUACAUUUGUAUCCUGGCUCUGAGAAUGUUGCUGAAACGUGGCUUACAAGAGAUGCCCUGGAUGGUCGUUGCCAUGCUCCCCACUUGUUCACUCACUCUAAUCGCUUACUGGGGUUGGAUAAUAACUUUGGCC